CAUUAGUUAACAAUGAGUGUGCUUUAUUUAAGAUUAGUCAAGAAAACAAAAAGCGAUGGAAUAUGGAUUAGUGGCAGCUAACUAGUGGAUAAAUGGUAUUUAAAAAGGAUUUAUUACAAUGAUUCCAUUUGAGGGGGAUUUACACCAGCUGAGUGAAAAAUUCACAAGAAAUCACACAGCGUCUCCAGAUAAGCAUAGAGAUACAGAAAACGACGUCCAAGGAUCACCCUGCAUAGUCCCAAAAGUACCAGCAAACAGCACAUUACACAUAUAUAUGAAAAACAAAAAAAUGUAUGCAACAUAUAAAUGUUCGAUCGGACAAGUAGUUCACAUAAACGAUAUACCAUGGGGAGGGAUUGAGUACACCGAUUUGUGUAUCAAUGCUACUUGGGCAACAGGAAAUGUAACUUGCAAAACAACGCCGUUUCGAUGUCCAGCUUUGCAAGCUCCUCUCAAUGGAGUCAUCGUUAAAGAUGAUGGACACGCCGCAAACGUGAGUAGUAAAGUAGGUAUCACCGUCGUGUUGUUCUGCAGGGACGGGUAUGUUAUGGCAGGGCAUGAAAUGUCAUUGUGCACACUCCAUGGAUGGGACAGAAAAAUAGGACAAUGCUUACCCUUCAAUGUUACCUUUGAAAAUGGUUGUCAAUUAAACAGUCUAAAGUUGAAGAAGACUCAACAUAGCAAGCCCGUGGAUACGAAACUGAACGUCAUCCAGACUGUUGGUCACGUGACUGUAGUUGAAAUAUCGUGCAUCGUUGGAUAUAAUUUGUACCAGGAUGGGUCAAGGCUGAACUUAAAGGAGACCGUUUUGUAUUGUGAUAUGGAUGAUAGAGUAUGGAGGCCUACCCAAGCAUUUAAAUGUGUUGACAGAGGAACAUUAUGCCCUAAGUUAGCCGACCCUCCAAAUGGGACAUUCAUUACAACAGGUCAUUUCGUUAACACACAUGGAACUGUAGAAUGUAACGAUGGAUUUGUACUGUUUGGGCAACGCACAAAAUUCUGCGAGCCAAAUGGAAGAUGGUCAUCUGGGUCUUACACAUGCUUAGAACCUGGUCGGAUAGCAAAAUUUGAAAACAAACACUCUCAUAGGUUACUUCACAAGAUAAUAGACGCAGAAGAUAACGCCACUUCAACAGAUGCCAAUGACUACAAUACAACGAAAUCCUUUCAGUGGUUUGAUGCUGUCCCAGUCGAGGAUUUACCCCAACCUGCACUUAACGUAAGCUGGUUCGGACACCACGGCUAUAUACUGAAAUCACAGGAUCAUCGAAUGCCCAUCAAGCACGCGCCAUAUCCAUCUAUUGGCUUUCCAUGGCCACUUCCUCAAAAAUUUACUUCACAGGCAGAUAGGAUAUUCAAAAUGAACAAAAAAAGUUUUCGGAUCACAAACAAGUCUGAUUCAAAAUGUGAUAUUAUCACGGAUUCAAUACUUAGAAGCAUGGGAUUAGUGUUUAAGACCAUAUCUUACGUUAACUAUCCAGACAGAAUAUCAGAAUAUAUCACAGGAGACAUACAAUCAUUAGACGUGAUUGUACGUUCUUCAGAUUGCCCCAAACUACCAAAUAUAGACAUGGACGAAUCAUAUAAACUAGUGAUAAAUUCAGAGGAAGCAAUACUCGAGGCAAACGAAGUAUGGGGAAUUGUUAGAGGACUAGAGACCUUCACUCAGAUGGUAUACAUUUCUGAGAAUCAAGGGUUUCUCAUAAAUGAGACUCAUGUUGAAGAUUAUCCACGGUUCAAACAUCGCGGAGUAUUGUUGGAUUCAGCGAGACAUUUUCUCCCUAUGGAUAUUAUACUGCAAAAUCUAGAUGCGAUGUGCCAAAAUAAAUUUAAUGUUCUUCACUGGCAUUUGAUAGAUGACCAGAGUUUUCCGCUUGAGUGCAAGACGUAUCCCAAUCUAACUCUUAAGGGAGCUUACAAUUCAGGUACAUAUGUACUCAACCAUAACGAUGUUACAGAAGUUAUUUCGUAUGCACGGUUGAGAGGGAUCAGAGUUAUUCCAGAAUUCGAUACCCCAGGACAUGUCUUCUCGUGGGGUAAAUCGUACAAAGAGUUACUGACGCCCUGCUACAGUGUAAAUGGUACUUUGGAUGGCGGUUAUGGACCACUGCACCCGACUCGUCCAGAAACAUACACUUUCAUUGAAAAUUUCUUUAAGGAAUAUUUAGAGUUGUUUCCUGAUAGUUAUAUACAUUUAGGAGGGGACGAAGUGCCGUUUUCAUGCUGGGAGCAUGAACCUGAUAUUAAGAUCUUCAUGGGUCAGAUGGGAUACAUGAACUCAGUUGAAGUUUGGAACUAUUACGAAAAUAGACUUCUAAAGAUCAUAUCCAGUCUAACUACAAGGAGAGCUGUUAAGUCAACACCCAUAUUUUGGCAAGAAGUCCUUGAUUUUAGGUUAUAUAUUCCACAUACUGCAGUUGUUGAGGUUUGGAAAUCAGAUGUCACAAUAGAAAAGAUACUUGAAUAUACAAAGACAAACCAUUCACUUCUUAUAGCGUCUUGCUGGUAUCUUGAUAAUGUAAAAUAUGGCAUUGACUGGCAUCGGUUUUACAACUGCAGAUUAUUAGAUCAAAUCGAAAUGUUAAAUGACACAGACAAGAACAUGAUAUUGGGAGGAGAGGUGUGCAUGUGGACGGAAUUUGUAGACGAACAAGAAAUUAUGCCAAGAUUGUGGCCACGAGCAUCAGCCGCAGCUGAGAGGUUAUGGAGCAACGAGUCCGUAUUUGUUGGAGACAAAGCUGCCCCGCGUAUAGAGGAACACAGAUGUAGAAUGAUAGGUCGUGGGUUCAAAGUUGGUGUUUUAAAUGGUCCAGGCUUCUGCAGGCGUCCAUUAAAAGACGAGGAAGACUUAACUGUAAAACCGAAUGUCAAAACCAGCGAGAGUGACGUACUGAUAUCUCGAUUGACAACAUCGAAUGGUCGUGUGACAAGAAAAUCAGAUGCCGUUUCUGAUGUGGAAAAAGAAAAUGACGCGAAAUUGUAUGAGUUUGGAUAUGACACGUACUUCAUGGGAACACUGUGUGUUAUCUCUCUUGUAAUGAUGGUAACAAGCUGCGAUAGGGCAGCCAUUUUGAAAAUUGGACAAUCGUUUUUGAGGACUCGUUGUUUAAUCCUGUCGUUUGCUGUUGUAAUUGUCUUAUACUGCUCGUUAAGUUUACCUUUUUGGGUUAAAAUAUUCAAUGGUAGCCAUCAUGUAAAGAUAACACAU